AUGCAGUCGGUGCCCCAAGUUACGUCGAGCGCAACGAGCUUAACGAAUAGCAGCGAGAAGUAUACUGCACAGCAUUACGUCGCGCCGGCAAUCGAACCGGUCACCUUUCUAGCUACAGAGCGAAUAAUGCGCGUAAUGUUCCCCGAUCAAAGCGAACACUGGCUGAGUGCGGCGGCGGCUGCAGAGCUGAAACGGGCGUGGCAAGCAGAGUUCCAGGCGCGCGUUUUAAAAGAAAACUUGAACGACUUUUGGGCUACGCAGCAAGCAGAAAUGCAAGAGUUAGUAUUGCGUAGCAGAAAACAGGAAAAACGAAUAGAGGAACUGCUGCAAGCCAUCGCCACAUUGCGGUCGGAAAAAACAGACGGCCGAAAAUCAAGCGCGCUUGAACGUGACGCGGACAGGCAAAGGGGUUCAUUUCCAAGACACGUUCGAUUUAAAUUACUACGAGCUGUCAAGCCAGUUCGAUGGCUCAAUACGACCGUCGCCCUCAACACUAAACCCGCAAGCGCCGAUGUUUCACUCGACCACGAAACCGUCAGUGCAAAAUCAGCACGAAGCGCCGCGAAUGGCGACUACAGCGGCAGGUACACACUCGACGAUCCCAGCAGCAAACUACGCUUCACAGCUUCCUUCCGCAGACUCGAUGACGCCGCUGUUCCAGAAGCCUCGCUGUUCUGGUUUCGAGCUAUAAGGCCCGCAUGGAAAACGUACCAAGAUUUCAAGGACACGGCACUCAAGACGCAUAGCAAGACAAAGAGGAAUAGGAGGAGCCUGAUCGUGGAAGCUCAACUGCGCACUCAGGGGGAAGACGAGCCUCGACGACUAAAGCGGUGCAAGGAUAACUUGAUCAACUUCCAAGAGCUGCUGGAAAGAGCUCAAGAAGCAGAGGACGAUGAGGUAGGCCAAUGGAGGCCUCCUCCUCCAGCAGAACAAAGUAUGCUGCCGGAAGCGGCUUACAAGCCCAAGUCGAGGGCAGCCAAGAUAAAGCCAGCCGGCAUCGCCUCAGUCAGCGAUCAAGCUGCGGAGCCGAACUGGGAAAAAUGCCUCAGGGAGUUUUUGGAGCAAAAACUCAAAUCGGCUAACGGAGCGAAGGCCCAGACGUCGUCGGCGCGAAGUCAAAGCGCUGUGGUAAAGCCUGAACAGGGUACUCAGGUGGCGGCAAAGGCCAACGCCGGCGCGACACCCCGCGGCUCACCAGGCGGUGGCCGAGGCGAGAAAGGUGGAGGCAGAAAUGGCCGUUCCGGAGGUAAUCAGGCUCAGAUCAUCACUCCAAAGUCCGACAAGAACAAGGACAAAGAAAUUGGUCCAAGUGGCGACAAAGUACCCUGCUGGAAUUGCUGUUGGCCCGGUCAUUCCAGGUUCACCUGCCCGGAGUGCUCCGCUAAACUAGCAGAGCCAAAAAACGAGACGGGAAGUGCGUAG